GAGACUUGGAAAACGGAAGUGAGUUAUUUCACGGGCGUCCAAACCGGGCGGCGGCUUUAUUAAUGCUGGCGGGAGCUGAGCGAUCAGUCUAGGUCUUCCGCGCAGGCAGGCCUGGGCUUCCUGCGUUCUGGGGAGUUGCAAGCGGCGCUCCCGGUCUCGGGCCGGCAGGAUGCGGGUUGCUGUGGCCGGCUGCUGCCACGGCGAGCUGGACAAGAUCUAUGAGACGCUGGCGCUGGCGGAGCGGCGCGGCCCGGGGCUGGUGGACCUACUGCUGUGCUGCGGCGACUUCCAGGCAGUGCGCAACGAGGCCGACCUGCGCUGCAUGGCCGUGCCGCCCAAGUACCGCCACAUGCAGACCUUCUACAGAUAUUACUCUGGAGAGAAAAAGGCCCCAGUUCUCACAAUCUUCAUUGGGGGAAACCACGAAGCCUCAAAUCAUUUGCAAGAGUUACCCUAUGGUGGCUGGGUGGCACCGAACAUUUAUUAUUUAGGCUUGGCUGGUGUGGUAAAAUACCGAGGUGUAAGGAUCGGUGGAAUCUCCGGUAUCUUUAAAUCUCAUGACUAUCGAAAAGGUCAUUUUGAAUGCCCUCCUUAUAAUUCAUCUACAAUAAGGAGUAUAUAUCAUGUGAGAAACAUUGAAGUCUAUAAGUUAAAACAGCUGAAGCAGCCUAUAGAUAUAUUCUUAUCUCAUGAUUGGCCAAGAAGUAUAUAUCAUUAUGGAAAUAAGAAGCAACUUCUUAAGACUAAAUCUUUUUUCCGACAAGAAGUGGAAAAUAACACAUUAGGAAGUCCUGCUGCCUCAGAGCUUUUAGAGCACCUAAAACCUACUUAUUGGUUUUCUGCACACCUUCAUGUGAAGUUUGCAGCCUUGAUGCAGCAUCAGGUGAAGGAUAAAGGACAGAUAGCCAAAGCAACCAAAUUUUUAGCCUUGGACAAAUGCUUACCACAUAGAGACUUUCUUCAGGUGUUAGAAAUAGAACAUGACCCCAGUGCUCCUGAUUACUUGGAGUAUGAUAUUGAAUGGCUCACUAUUCUCAGGGCUACUAAUGAUCUUAUUAAUGUGACUGGGCGCCUAUGGAAUAUGCCUGAAAAUAAUGGCCUGCACGCAAGGUGGGAUUACAGUGCAACAGAAGAAUCUAUGAAGGAAGUUUUGGAAAAAUUGAAUCAUGACCUCAAGGUUCCAUGUAACUUUAGUAUAACGGCUGCUUGUUAUGACCCUAGCAAGCCACAGACACAAAUGCAGCUGGUUCAUAGGCUCAAUCCUCAGACUACUGAAUUUUGUGCCCAACUUGGCAUCACAGACAUCAAUGUCAGGCUUCAGAAGGCCAAGGAAGAACAUCACUUUUCUGGUGAAUAUGAAGAGCAGGAUGGUGUGGAGAGUAAUGACUCUGGAGAAGACAGGAGUGAAUAUAACACAGACACAUCUGCUCUGUCGUUUAUUAAUCCGGAUGAAAUAAUGUUAGAUGAAGAAGAUGAAGAUAGUGUUGUAAGUGGACAUAGUGACAUAAGUACACCAUCUGUAGAACCUUCUUCUGAUCAAGCUUCUGACUUUUCUGAAAGCUUCUCUGAUGUGAGGAUCUUGCCAAGCUCCAUGAUUGUAUCUUCUGAUGAUACAUUGGGUUCCCCAGUUGCUAGAGAGGGGAAACCCGGUGAGGCUGUGGAGUCAGGGAAUGGAGAGGACUUAACCAAGGUGCCAUUGAAGAGGCUGAGUGAUGAACAUGAACCUGAACAAAGAAAGAAAAUCAAGAGGAGGAAUCAAGCCAUCUAUGCUGCAGUAGAUGAUGAUGAUGAUGAUGAUGAUGCAGCUUAAGACAAUUCACUUGUCUUAGUACUAUAUGUAGAUAUGUGAUUUUUGAAACCAUAUUUUUAGAGUUGGAUUUUUGACUAAAAACUUAAUUUUGUAAUAAUGAAAUUGCAUAAGAGAAUUUUAGUUAGGAAUUGACUUUAUCUUUAGGCCUUUGUAUGUUUCAGAUACAAAUAUAUUAAAAUUUCAUGUAUUUACA